AUGAGGCCGUCGUGUGAGCGCUUGUUCGAUCGAGGAGAAUUAAUUUCCUUUCCGGUCAUCAGGUCAUGGCGAAAUGAUCGUACUGCAAGAUUAAUCGUAUCUUCAUGAGAGCUCGGAUCUCACGUUAGUCGCUCGAUCAGCGGACAACAAGCAGUCUCUCUCCUCGACCCAUGAACGGGAGCGAGAGAUUCGCCAACUCAAGAAGGCAAGCUGCAUCGGGUGAAAUUCUCUUUGGAUCAACCCAAAAGGCGAAGACGAAGACAAGCAGAUAGUACUGGCCAAUCUAAUCCGAAAUCUUCAUCAUCAAUCUUCCCAAAAUCUCGUUUGAAAUAUUAUCUACUCUAUCUUGACAAAAGCGGAUAAGCAACGCCCUCUAAACAACGCAACGUUACGUAAACGCGUGAAAAAUUGACGGUGGUCAAAAGCCAGGACGGAUCGAGGCAACGAAGGGUAAGUCGCAAGUAUCAUUCGGUAAAUAGUAAGAUCCGGAGAGACAUAACACCUCUCUACGGAAAUCCUCUCUAUUUGGCCGGCGAUUCCCAUUGCUCUUCGUCUCUCCUGGAUUCUCAUUCAAGCCCCAUCGUCGUUUCGCGUCUUCCCACAUCGCAGGCAUAAAAGUAUAACGACUUGGAACGCGUUACGUUCGCAGUUUACAGGGUGAGGGUGCUGUAGUGCUUCCGCGAUAGCACGGGAUCGUCCGGUAGCAUCGUAAAACUCGUGGAAGAGUCCACGUAAGAGCGACGAGGCCGACAACGACGACCACAACGUUUCAAAUUACCGAAUAGUUCAAUAGUCGCAAAAAUGUGGCGAAUAACAUCACAUUAUCGAAUAAAAUAAUUACGGAGUACAAAAAAAUCGCAAUUUUCAAAAUUAAAAUAGAAGGCUGAAGUAUUAAUAAUAAUCGGGCUGAUUGAGAAAUCAGAUUGAAGAGACGGAGAUAAUGAUAAAUGAUAUUCCUUUGUGCAAUUCUACGGUCUUUAAUACUCGCAAAGUGAACGUAACGCGAGAGUGACGCAGUGCGAUGAACCGUUAAAACCCCUGGUCCGGCAGAAUUCCGAAGAGACGUUGCCCGACGUGUUCGACACGAAGGAAUUCAAUCGCGAAAUGGACCGCGCGAUAUUUGAAUACUCGCGUAGAUUGUAGCGUGGGUGAGUUCAGUGAAUCCCGUAUCCGAAGUAGAUAUUGUGAUCGUCGCCCGCGGAUAGAGUUCAUUUCCGGAUAUCACCGAUACUCCGAUACUUCGUCCGAUGUCUGUUCGUGCGCUGCUCGGAACUUGGACUGGCUGCAAGCAGCUGGGGAGCUUUAGGAUCUCUCCUUCGCAAGGGAAUCGGGCGAGUUCACGCGUGUAAUUUGUUUGGAGAACGCUGAAACACGGUGAGAAAAUUCCAGAGAUAUGGAUCACGUGCACGUGAAAUCGAGAUCGGCCUCGAAGAGCAACCCAACGAAGAUGGCCUGUGAGAAGGCGUCGAGACGCCUUAGGACGGUCCUCGUGAGGGCGUCUCGCAUCGGCGUUUCUACGGCGGAAGUCGCCAGGUUACCGGCGGCCAAGAAACUCAUCCCGCAAAGAGAUCACGGUUGGAAAUUGGCGGUGUUUCUCCUACUUAUGUUUGGAGGUGGAGUCAUCGUCGCCUUGGUGUGCACCGCCAGGAAAGGAUGCUCAAAACUGGAGGAUAUCAGUUUGGCGACCUAGCCGUUGCGGCCCAUUAUUCUUCGGGGACCGAUAGCGAUGUUGACGGCGACGAUGACAGCGUUGUCAUCAGUGACAACGGUGGCAGCGAUAAGGAAUCGUCUGAACAAGAAGACCACCACGUGCCAACGCGGAGGCAGCUGGCCGAACAACGAUCUCGACACGAAUUAUUCAGACGGUCUCGAAACCACUUUAAGACGUCGGGACAUCACGAUCAGGUGCGUCCGAUGGCACGACUCGUCGUCACUUAACGGUGUCGUGUUGGAGAACAAGAGUGGAGUGACGAUACUGAGAACAUGUUGAGUGCCUACGGCCGCGAUCGAAUGAUAAAAUACGUUCGUUAAAGGUGGUGAUACGGCACUGAAUUUUUUUACAAAUAAUCUUACGAGAGGUAGAGUUAUGUGAUUUCGAUUCGAAAUGCUGCGACAAAUGAGCGAUGU